GUUUAUUAUAACGAUAAAUACAAAACGGCCACAAAGAUAGGACGGCAUCUGUGAGUUUCAUCUUCUUCACUUCACAAGAAGCAGAGAUGGCGCUGCAGUGUUGUUACGGCGGAAGCACCAUACAAACCCUAAAACUCGCUUCAAUUCCAUCGACAGCACCUCUAUCAUCAUCCGCCAUUUGUAGUCCUUUCAAAACCCUAACUAUAACCCCCUCGGCACACCUCAUCAAAGCACUAUCCUCACCUGCAGCGGUUGUUGAUUCCACCACCACUCACGUUGUGAAGCCUCAAUGGAAAGCAGCUAUAGAUUUUAAGUCAAUUGUAGAGAAUAAAUCUGCAGUGGCAGAAAACCUAAAGAACAGGAAUUCUACUGCCAGUUUGGAGUUGGUUAUUGAGCUCUAUGAGAGGUUAUUGCAACUUCAAAAGGAAGUUGAAGAUCUCCGUUUUGAAAGAAAUACAGUUGCAAACAAGAUGAAAGGAAAAGUUGAACCAUUAGAGCGUCAAAGACUCAUAGAAGAAGGAAAGAAUUUAAAGGAAAAACUGGUUACACUGGAAGAAGAUCUUAUUAAACUUACUGACGCGCUUCAACGGGAAGCACAAUGCAUCCCAAACAUGACACAUCCAGAUGCUCCAAUUGGCGGAGAAGAUAGUUCAACAAUUAGGAAAACAGUGGGUACACCCCGUGAUUUUACAUUUUCUAUCAAAGACCAUGUACAAAUCGGGAAAGAGUUGGAUCUUUUUGAUUUUGAUGCAGCUGCAGAGGUUAGUGGGUCAAAAUUCUAUUACCUUAAGAAUGAAGCGGUCCUGUUAGAAAUGGGUCUUAUAAACUGGACCCUAUCAGAAGUUAUGAAAAGGGGUUUUAUUCCUCUAACAACCCCAGAGAUUGCAAGAUCUUUAGUGGUCGAGAAAUGCGGGUUCCAACCACGUGGAGAUAACACACAGGUUUAUUCUAUUGAGGGCAGUGAUCAAUGUCUUAUCGGGACAGCAGAGAUCCCUGUUGGGGGCAUACACAUGGACUCUAUACUUGCUGACUCAUCAUUACCAAUAAAAUAUGUGGCAUUUUCCCAUUGCUUUCGUACCGAAGCUGGAGCUGCUGGUGCUGCUACUAGGGGGCUAUACCGAGUGCACCAGUUUAGCAAAGUGGAAAUGUUUAUAUUGUGCCGACCUGAGGAAAGCAAUGCUUACCAUGAAGAACUAAUCGGAAUCGAAGAGGAACUCUUUUCAAAAUUGGGACUUCAUUUCAAAACUUUGGAUAUGGCAACUGAGGAUCUAGGUGCACCUGCUUAUCGUAAAUAUGACAUUGAAGCCUGGAUGCCAGGUUUAGGACGAUAUGGAGAGAUAUCAAGUGCAUCAAAUUGUACCGAUUACCAGAGUCGAAGAUUGGGGAUAAGAUACCGUCCUGAAAGUUCAACAAGCCCCCCGACAAAUACCAAGAAGAGUAAAGGGCGGAAUUUAAGCCCGCCAGAAUUUGUCCACACACUAAAUGCAACCGCGUGUGCAGUUCCACGCAUGCUCGUGUGUUUGCUCGAGAAUUAUCAACAAGAGGAUGGAUCUGUUGUUAUUCCUGAACCAUUAAGGCCUUUCAUGGGUGGCAUUGAGUUAAUUACACCUAAAUCAAAUUAGAAUCUCAUAAACGAAGUUAGAUUUUUUAUUUUUUAUUUUUUGUUAUGUAUGCUGGAUAAACAAGAAAUUGGAGGACUUGUUAUAACAUGUAUUUUGCAAAUUUAAAUAUAAAGUAUAUUUGUUUGUAUAAUUA